AUGUAUCGUGACAGAAUUGCCACCUUAUGUCUGGCGGUGCUUUUUUGCCACCAGCAGAGGCGCGAAGGUGUGAUUGAGGUGAGCAGAGACGGUCACCCACUACGACUGAUUACGCAUCCAACCGUCUUCGGAGAACUUGCCAUCCUCUACAACUGCAUGCGGACGGCCACGGUUAAAGCCGUCAGCCCGUGUUCCUUGUGGGCAAUUGACCGGAAAUCGUUUCAGGCCAUUAUGAUGAAAACGGGUAUGCUGAAGCACCAGCGUCAUCUGGAUUUCCUCAAAAGCGUCCCAAGUUUUGCCUCACUUGGACCCGAGACCCUCGCCAAGUUCGUGGACCUCCUGGAGGAGGUGCACUACCAGCCGGGCGAGUACGUGAUCCGACAGGGCGCGCGUGGCGACACCUUCUACAUCAUCGCCUCGGGGCAGGUUCAGGUGACGCAGAACGAGCGACAGAGUGCCGACCAGCCGAUGGCGCUGGGCAGGGAAAAGAAGGAGACCUUUGUACGGCUGAUGGGUCGUGGCGAGUGGUUCGGAGAGAAGGCCUUGAAAAAGCAAGACGUUAGGACGGCGAACAUUAUUGCUGCCUACCCGAAUGGUGUUGAUUGCCUGGUUUUAGAUCGAGAAUCAUACGAGCUCCUGAUUGGUGACCUCGCCUCCCUGGAGCGACACUACCCCGACGAAGACUUGCCCAAGGUGCAAGCGGAAAAGUCACCGGACGAUGAAUUCAAGAACUUGCUCCUCCAAGACUUCAGUGUCGUCGCCACCCUGGGCGUGGGUGGCUUCGGAAGGGUCGAGUUGGUGAAAUUCAAGAAGGAUCCCUCGCGUACCUUUGCACUGAAGCAGCUCAAAAAGCACUACAUCGUCCUCACCAAACAAGAAGAACACGUAAUGAACGAACGGACAAUCCUCAAGUCCUGCGACUCCGACUUCAUCGUGAAACUGUACAAGACCUUCAAGAACAAAAAGUACCUCUUCAUGCUGCUGGAAGUCUGCCUCGGUGGGGAAUUGUGGACAAUCCUCAGGAAUAAGCUUUCGUUCAGCGAGGCCGCGACUCAAUUCUACGUCGCCUGUGUUGUCGAGGCGUUGACCUACCUGCACAGACGGGGAAUCGUGUAUAGGGACUUGAAGCCGGAAAACCUCCUCCUCGAUCAGUACGGCUACUGUAAAAUGACCGACUUUGGGUUUGCAAAGAAAAUCGGCUUCGGACGCAAAACAUGGACGUUCUGCGGCACGCCGGAGUACGUCGCACCGGAAAUAAUCCUCAACAAGGGACACGAUCUCUCCGCGGACUCGUGGUCGCUGGGAAUCCUUAUCUUCGAACUCAUGACUGGAACACCACCGUUCACCUCGGAAGAGCCCAUGAAAACGUAUAACAUAAUCCUACGGGGAAUCGACACGGUCGAAUUCCCACGAAAGGUCACACGUAAUGCUCAAAUCCUCAUUAAAAAACUUUGCAGAGAAAAUCCCACGGAGCGUUUCGGCUACGGCAGGGGCGGUCUAACGGAGAUACGGAAGCACGUCUGGUUCGAGGGCUUCGAUUGGGAAGGUCUUCGUCACCGCCGACUCAAGCCGCCGCACAUUCCACGAAUCGCCUCGCCUACAGACGUGAGCAAUUUCGACCACUACUCCCCUGACCACGACGAACCACCCGAUGACGUGAGUGGUUGGGACAAGGACUUUUGA